GGAAAACGUUUCGGCAUGAACAAUAACAUUGAUGGAAAAAUGUGGGAAACAAAUCUUUGUUAGAAAAAAUUUUUUUAUUAUUUGUAUAUAUACAUAUAUGCGCAAGAUGCUUGUGCGCGAGAAAUGCGUAAUAUGUUUCUAUAUAUAUCUUCGAUUAUUAUAGAAAAGUUAUUUGAUUAGUGUAUAAAAAAUAAAAAAUGUUUUGGAAAUUAUUUAUUAUUAAGAUUAUUAUAUUUUGUAUAUUGACUCCAAAGGCUUCUUAUGCCUCUAAUUAUUCCAAUAACAAGCGUAAUGAUACUUAUGAAUGUAAAUUAGGAACAAAAACUCCUUACAGAUGUGUAGCUAAUUAUGAUGAUUCUUCAUUGCAAUAUACAGAUUGUGUGGAAAAAAAGAUUUGGUUAAUUCUGCGUCAUGGGACUCGUUAUCCAGGAAAGAAGGAUGUACCUCGUAUGAUAAAUGAAUUACCACAGCUACAAAGUAUAAUAUUAAAAAAUUAUGAAAAUAAUAGAACAAAUCUAUCAGCUGAUAAUGCAGCUUUAUUUGAAAAAUGGAAAUUGCCACUUGCUCAAAGGGACAUGAUGAAAUUAGCAGAAGAAGGAGAGAAUGAAAUGAUUGAUCUGGGAGAAAGAUAUCAGGCAAGAUUUCCAUCUCUGAUGCCAGAAACUUUUAACAAUCAAACUUAUAGAUUCAAAUAUACUGCCACUCAACGUACAGAGGAGAGUGUAAAGCACUUUGCUGUUGGUUUAUUUGGUUGGCGUAAUAGCAAAAAUAUUUGGCUUCCAGCACCAGUAUAUCGAGAUCCGAUCAUAAGAUUUUACAAGGCUUGUCCUCGCUGGCGCCAAGAAGUUGAUAAGAAUUCAGAUGCAAGAUUAGAAAACGAAAUUUUGGAUAGCAAAAUUGUUAAAAAUAUGUUAAAUAAUAUUAAAACGCGUAUUGGCUACAAUAUUGAUUACGAAACUGCAUAUUUAAUGUAUAGUAUAUGUGCCUUUGAAACUGCUUGGAAUCAGAGUACAGUAUCUCCUUGGUGUAAAAUAUUUUCAUUGAAUGACUUCAAGAUCUUUGAAUAUGCAGAAGAUCUAGAACUUUAUUGGGUUGAUGGAUAUGGUUAUCCAUUAACUUAUGAGCAAGCAUGCCCUGCCUUAAAAGAUAUGUUUAAUUUUUUUGGACCUCAAGAAGAAGCAACAACAACAGCUUAUUUUACACAUUCUGGAACAAUUCUCAAAUUAUUAGCUUUACUUGGAGUAGCCAAAGACACACAUCCUUUGAGGCACGAUUCUUUUAUACUGCACAAAGAUGAAAGAGCUUGGAGAAGCAGUAUUAUUGACACAUUUGCAUCUAACAUGGCAUUUGUUUUAUACGAUUGUGAAACCCAAGGUCCUAGUAUUCUAUUCAUGCUUCAAGAACGACCAGUAUAUUUGUCAGGUUGUCCACAUAAUAUGCCAUGUCCAAUAUCUAUUAUGAAAGAAGCAUAUCCAGAUCGUGACGAAGAAUGUCAAUUUGACAUCAUGUGUCAUAUAACAAAAAAUAAUUCAUAAAAUGCAAUAUGUUUAUAUAACAGAUGGU